CCCGGUGCGAUCCAGCUGCGGCGGGGCCGCGCGUUUUGAAAGCAACUCUGCGGAUCCGGGAUGUGUGUCCUGCCCAUCCCUUCUUCUGGCCCCUUUCUUCGGAACAGAAGUCCCCUGUGGAACAGACUCUGUGCUGGGUUGGUAAAUGCUUGAGGCUCUCACAUAACAGGAGGAGAACUACAUACUGAGGCAGCAUGGAUGCCGUCAGCCAGGUCCCCGUGGAAGUUGUGCUCCCCAAACACAUCCUGGAUAUCUGGGCCAUUGUCCUCGUCAUCCUGGCCACCGUUGUCAUCAUGACCUCCCUGUUGCUGUGCCCGGCCACGGCGGUCAUCAUCUAUCGCAUGCGGACUCAUCCUGUCCUCAGCGGGGCUGUGUGAG